CGCAGAGGCGACGGACGUGUGCUAACGGGGAGGCUUUAUUAUCGCAGCGCUUCGAAUCAGACGACCCAAGGGUUUUAACUCUCAACACGAACAUGGAUAUGUCUUACGUUUUCAAAACCAGGAGGUGCUUCGAUUACGAGUUCUACUAGAAUAUAUAUUUUUUUAAAUUUUUUUUUUGUAAAAUAUAUAUAUAAAUUCUUUGCUCUCCUAAAAAAAAAAAAAAAAAAAAAAAAAUCAGGAAAAAAGAUACACGGACGUACGUGAUGGUGAAGUGAACAGGUAAAAACCUCUUCGAUAAAUUUCCCGCGGGAUAUGAAAAGUUCUUCGCGUGUCUUCCGAACGGAUUUCCAUUCGACGGUUUGGUCGGAAGGAGACGUAAAGUGACAGGUUAUAUAUAUAUUUUUUUUUCACAAGGGUGGGCGACUCUCCCCCUCGUCCAGGGAGGUGUGUGCGGAGUCGCGAAGAAGUGAAUAAAGAAAGGCGCGUGUUGAAGCGAAACGGGACGAGAUGCCGAAGAUAUUCCUGAUCAAGAACAGGCUGCACCUGCAGCAGCAGAAGCUGUUGGAGGCGCAGAAGAGGUCCGACGACGCCUUGACCCCUCCCGGGUCCCCCCUGUCGCAGGGUCAGCCGCUGUCCCUCAUCGUCGGCAGAGAGCGGCCGGCGGUGAAGAGCCGCCAUGACGAGGACAGUCGCUACCCGCGGCCGCCCACGCCGGACAGCGCGCGCUCCGGGUCUCCGUCCAGCCCCCGGCGGGAGGCGGGCUGCGCCGCCCCCGGCCCGCCCCCGGCGCAGCAGCAGCAGCAGCCGCCGCCGAGACGCUUCAUCUCGUCCAUCCUGGGCGGCGAUGUGCCCUACCACCCGGGCACCCGCUCCUUGCAGGUGCCGACGAGGGCCGAGCGCAAGGAGUACCUGCCCGCGGUGACGCCGCCCCCGACGCAGCAGCCGCCGCCUCCUUCUCCGCCCCCGCAGGCCGCCCCCGAGUCCCCGCAGGCGGUGCGCUGCCAGCAGGUGUCGGUGAUCCAGCGCACGCCCCUGCCGCCGGCGGCGGCUACCCAGCCCGGGGUCUCGCAGGACGAGCAGGACUCGGAGGACUCGGACGGGGACGACGACGAGGCGGGGGCGGAGCCCAUGGUGGUGCAGGAGCCGGAGCAGGAAGCGCCCAUCGACUACCACGUGCCCAAGAAGCGGUCCUCGUCCGAGGAGCGGCGCGACCCUGGGGACGAGAAGACGCGCGCGCUGAGGCGCAUCAGCAGCCUGAGGAUCGUGCAGCGGGAGACGGGUCUUCCGCCGCCGCCGCAGCUGGGCAGGCUGCUCUGGAGGCAGAUCCUCAGCGGCGGGGGCGGCGGCAAGCCCAGGUCCGCGGCGGCGGGUCACGGGCACAGCGGCAGCCGCGGCGGGGGCGGCGGGAACAGCGGCGGCGGCGGCGGAAGCAACAACACCUCCGGGCACUCGUCCAUGUCCUACAGCGGCGGCUCCGGCGGCUCCGGAGGUUCCGGCGUCGGUGGUGGCGGGUCGAUGAACCCCGGGGGCGGCGGCGGAGGUGGGUCGAUGAACCCCGGGGGCGGCGGCGGCGGGUCCGGCAACAACAACAACAACUACGGGCCCAGCAGCCCCCCGACGGGCUCCCUGCCGCCGUUCUACGAGACCUUGAAGAACGGCGGGGUUCUGGCGGGCUUCGGCAACGGCCUCCAGCAGUACGCGCACUCCAACGGCGGGUCGAGCAACUACGGGAUGCUGUCCAUGGACUGCGACACGGGGCAGGACGCGGGCGGGCUCGGGUACGCCGGGGGCGGGAGCAGAGGAGUAGUAGGCGGAGGAGACACCAAGUACUCGAUGCUGCAGAACAUGUGCGCGUCGUACGGCCUGGUCGUCAAGGAGGACGUGGACGACAUGUCGGAGUACGCGUCGUCGCGGGACGCCCUGCCGCCGAUACACCUCCUCGGGGGCGGCGCAGCCGCCGCCGGAGGCGGUAGCAUCGGCGUCACGGCGGCGGCUCUGCUGGGGGCCGGCGGCUACCAGUACGACGUCAGCGACUCGAUGAUGGCCGACCUGGUGGCCGCCGGCUCCGUGGUCGACCCGCUACAGUUCACCGCCACCUUCACGCUGUCCGGCGCCUCGGACCACAACGCGCUGCUGGAGAGCCUCACCGACGACCUGUUCCUGCAGAGGAUGUCCCCCGACGGAGACCUCAGCGACGCCAACAACAACAACAACAACACGGACGCGGAGAGCGCCAUCUUGGGCGUGUCGUCGUCCGAGGGGCACGGCAGCGCCGUGACGACCCCCAGCCCGGGACUCCAGCAGCAAAGGGGGGGUCUGCCCCCGCCGGUGGAGCCCUCGGUGGACCCCUUCCCGGAGCACUGCCAGAGCGCGGCGGCCCAGCUGUCCAGGGGCUUCGACCCCCAGCAGGGGUACCCCUCGUCGUCUACUGCCGCGCAGAUGUUCCAGGAGGGCUCCCCGUCCUACAACCUCCCGAAGGAGCGGCCAGAGCUGGCGCUGCACAUCUCCUCUCCUUCCCCCUGCUCCGACCACGACUCCCGCCAGCACCAGCACCACCACAUGCAGCAGCUGCAGGUGCAGGUGCAGAUGAACCACCACCACCACCAACACCACAACCCUCACCACCAGCAGCUGCUGUCCCCUGGGCUGUCCUUCGCGGGGAGCGGGCUGGACCUCGACUCGCCCACGGCCAUGUCGCUGCCCAGCCCGGGAGCCGCCAGCUGCAGCCUGGACGGGAACGGGUCCAUGUCCCCGCCGGGAAGCAUCAGCGGCCGGAGGGAUUCCGGGGACAUCAGCAACAUACCCUCGCUGCAGGUCCGAGUCAACAUCCUCCAGCAGAGGCUGGGGCUGCCAGGCGACGUGGCGCUCGAGUUUGUGAACGGCGGCCACGGCAUCAAGAACCCCCUGGCGAACCACGACGUGGCGCCGCCCAGCCACCGGCCGCACCGCAACAGCGGCGGCGACGACAAGGCCUCGGUGGCGGCGGCGGCGGCGGUCGCCGCCCCCACCCAGCAGGCGCACGUACACCCGGAGGACCCCAGCCGGUUCGUCUGCCACGUGUGCUCCAAGAGCUUCGGCCUGCAGCGGCUGCUCAACAGGCACAUGAAGUGCCACAGCGACGUCAAGCGCUACCUCUGCACCUUCUGCGGCAAGGGCUUCAACGACACCUUCGACCUCAAGCGGCACACCCGCACGCACACAGGAGUUCGCCCGUACAAGUGCAACCUGUGUGAGAAGUCCUUCACACAGCGCUGCUCGCUGGAGUCCCACUGCCUCAAGGUCCACGGCGUGCAGCAUCAGUACGCCUACAAGGAGCGCAGGACAAAGAUGUACGUGUGCGAGGAGUGCGGCCACACGACCAACGAGCCGGAGGUGCACUACCUCCACCUCAAGGACAACCACCCCUACAGCCCGGCGCUGCUCAAGUUCUACGACAAGCGCCACUUCAAGUUCACCAACUCCAACUUCGCCAACAUGCUGCUGCAGGUGCGGUCCUGAGGGUCCCCCUCCCCCCUACUCUCCCCCCCGGGGCCUCCCGCCGGGACGUGACGUGACGUGACGUGACGGGGAUUUCCCCCGGGGAGCCGCCCCUGACCGAGUCUCGUUCCUUCUCUUUCUCCCGCGAGGUGGCCGCCCGGCUGGCGAGAGAGGACCCGGGACUUUUGAAAGAUGCCGCGGCAAGGCCCCGCUUCUCGAAAAUCUCUCGAGAUCCCUCGGGGGGAAAAAAAAUAAAAGAAAGUGUCCCGGCCACGAACGGCAUUUCCGCUGUCCUGACCGCACAUAUAGAGUGUUAAAUGUUCGGCGACGCGGGCAGAGUCACAAUUUCCUCGAACACGAAUCGCAAAGAGUAGGUAUCUUCGAGUUCACCCCCUCGAAUCCGAAUUCGGGUCUCAGGAAAUAAUAAUAAAAAAAAAAAAUUUUUGACUAACUUUAAUAAAUGUUUUGGUUUCACAAACGAAGUUUUCCAGAAUCAAUACUACAUGUUAAAAGUGCGCCAUCUUGGGGACUUCAAAAAGGAUAGGAAUGUAAGGGGGGAAGAAAAAUUGACCUAGUAAACUUCAAAGGUUAUCAGGGACGAAUUUUUUUUAAAUUGCUUUGAAUCUUUUUCCUCAGCCUAUUGAAUCCUUCGAAUACUAUAGAUUUGAUAGUACCUAUUUGAGGAUUCGAUUGACCAAUCCCUAUUUAAUAUUAUUUGAUAUAUUUAAUAUUAUGUAAGAAAUAAUUUAAAUAUUAUUGUAGGUUUAUUCUUCUGACUUUUUAUUUAUUGAUAAAAUGUUUAAAAUGCAGAAAAACAAAUCUACAGUAACAUUUUCCAACUUUUUCUUUUCUACAACAGUAGCUUUAAAUUUUUGUGUGAAAAAAAAAUUCUAUAUUUAGUUUCGGACAUUUAAGAGGGGUAAAUCACAGCUUAAUGGGAAAUGCAUGUCUGUUAAAAAACUUACGGCAUGUGUAAAUGUGUCAUAGGAACAUUAGAGACAUUUAAACAACGAAAUCACUACGUCGGUUUGGUAUUUUGGACGUAGAGUCAAAGAGACGUGUGAUAGCAUGCGACCUAGGGUCUCUUGUAGUGUUCCUGGGUUUUGAAACCUCUUUGGCCAGCCAGGUGACCACCUUAAAAGAAAAAAAUAUAGUACAUUGCUUAGUGACAUACAAUUCUACAUUCCACUAGUGUGAUUCCGAUAUCAGAACGCGAACUGUAAGCUUUCCACAUCACUUAAAGCAUUUAACAAAAGGAUAAACAAAAUCCAACACAGGGACUUUUGUUUUAAAGGGUUGGUUCUGUGCACCCUAAUACUUUUGUUUUUAUUAAGUUAACUGUAGGUACCUGUGAUAAAUGUUAAAAAUAAGUACAAUUUUUAAGGUAGACACAAUAAUGGGGGAAUGUAACUAUACUCAUGUCUUUUAAGGAUGAAGUAUUUCUUUUUUUAAAACAGCAAAAGUGAGCUGCUGCCCAUACAAGAUGAUGAUUUUAUACAUAUAUUAUGCAUUUAUAACAUUUCCAAAUAUUUAUUUAUGGAUUCAAUUGCCUGUUUAGAUAUUGUAAAUAUUUUCUGUGGGGCAGUUGUUUAGUGGACGUGUAUGUAGCCGAAUCCAGAAAGUGAAUGAAAUAUAUUUUUUUUUAAAUUGCACUAGAAUGUUAGGAGGAACAUUCAGCUAUAUUCACUCUGGACGUCUUGGUUUACAUACUACAAGUUGAUUGACGCUACUAACGGGGAAUAAUGUCUAUUCCUCUCACGGAUGUUUGAAGACUUGUAGCAAAUAUUGUUCAUUUUGCGUGUUGUUAUAUUUUGUAUCACUAAAGAAUAACACUGUACGUAGUCUAGGUGUUGGCAACUGGUAAUUUUGAAAUAUUUAAAAAUAAAUAAAUAAAUAAAAAAAAUUUCCAGAGGGUUUUAAAACGCAUUCUGAACGAGUUUUGGUACAACGUCUUCACAAAGCUGAGGAUAAUGUUUUUUUGAAAUAAAUUUCAAUUAUAUUUAUGUAGUUUUGAUAACUUAGUUUUAAAAAAAUAUAUAUAUAUUGCAAUUUUAUAUCCAAAUGAAAUUGGAUUAAUGAACAAUAAAAGACUGAUGUAUAAGGAACGUAAGGGAAGAUGUCAAGUUUACGACUGCGACGCAACGCGUGGGUGAAACAGGGACAAAGAAAGAACGAAGGAAAAAAGACGUGAAAAAAUCGGGUCAUUUGUGCAAUCUACAGCCGAACUUGGGUUUGGUGUCAUUUUAUAGCUAACUGUGGCGGAGAAGGUGGAAUAGCUAUUGUAACAUAUGUUUCUGUUCUAAAAUAAUGUACAGUAGAAUGUAAAGAACUACAUGGAAUAUUGUUAUUUAAAAAUAAGGGACUGUUUGUUAUGUAGAAUCAUGUCGAACAUGCUGUGUGGCAAUAUGAAUUUCAAAAACAUUCAUGUAUUCAGUAGGCCUGUACGAAUAGUGUUUUUUUUUUGUUGCGAAGCGGAUAUCAAACCGAAUCUUUAAAUAUUCGCAAAGGUGAAUGAAAUUUAGUAUUGGCAAAGCUGUAUUACACUUAUUUUAUACAAUACACAAUUGAAAAAAAAAAGAUUGUUUAACAUUUGUUAUAUUUGAACUGAUUAAUUUUUUAACAACUUGGGUCCAUACGUUUUGAUUUCUUUAAGAAACUUACUUUCUAUAUAUAAUAAAAAGCAAAGCUUCGUGUUUGUUGCAAACCGUAAAACAUUGAAUGUUUUACGGUUUGCAACAAACACGAAGCUUUGCUUCACAACCAAAGUUUCAAAUAAAAAAAGGAAAAUGGGCAAAUUUCCUGGCAAAAAGUCAAAUUGAUUAUCAAAAGCUUUGAUUGGUUCGCUUAGUUGAAGCUUCGUACAGGCCUAGUAAUCAGUAUUUCCAAAAUUUAUACCAAAAAAACAUGUUGAUCCAUUAGAACUGAACAUUUUGAAUAACUUGCCUAGCUGUUGCCUACUUUGAUGUACAAAUACUUAAUUCAUACUGAAAAUAAAUUUAUGAAUAUUAAAAAAAAAGUUGUAAAAACAGUUGCAGAAAACAUUAAUAUUAAUAAUUUUUUCCCCAUUUAUUUAACAAACUUUGUUAGUGUUAAUGAAAGUUCUGCAAGAAUUCUUAAUGCAUUUCAAGCGAAAUGGGCCAGUAUUGCCACGAGCAGACACAUGAAGGAUCUUGAAAAAUUACUGUAAAGUGGGCAUUUAACAAAUAAUCUGAGGUUGUAUACAUUAGUUUUGUCUAAGGUAUUAGGCAUUUUUUAUAGACAGAAAUUUACACAAAUUUGUACUUGGUUUUCUCUAAGUGUUUCUAAAUCAUCUAGGGUGCUUUUUACGAAAGUUGGACUAGAGAAUAAAUGCAAUAAGUACAAACAAUUGUUCGAUGAUCAUAAAGAUACUUGUGGCCUUUCAACUGGUGCCUUACAAUAGAAAUAGACCAUUCUGAUUUGGAGUAUAGGUAGUUUUAAAAUACAGAGGGUACUUGGAAGACAGACUGAACUGUUAUCAGUAGCAAUAACCAAAAAAAAUAAAAAUAGCUCUGAUGACUUAACCAGGCUUGUCAAAUUAACGCUGUGAAAUAUUACUCAUAGCCUCAUAGGCAAUGUGAAAUAAUUUUAAUUGCAAAAUGUUAUUUUUUUGCCCUUGUACAAAAAAAUUUGAAUUUUUCUUGUAAAUUCGAGUGUGUGUUCCAAUUUUACUUACCAGUAUUUUCAACCCUACAAGAAAUUUAUACACAAAAAAAAAAACUUUCAUCCUCAAGUUUAUUUGUUUGUAUCAAGAAGCAUUUUGUUGACUGGUGUAAAUGGAGUCCAAAAAUUGUAAGUGUAUAAUUUAAGAAUGGAAAUAUAGUUAUAUAAAAAAAAAACCUUUGUGUUUCUUUCUGUUAUAGUGUUAUUCUUGAAAAUCACCUUGAAAACCUUUCUUGUUAACAUAUUUUCCUCCUGACUUGACAGAACUGUUGUGUAGGCAAAUUAUUCUAUCAGAACUAUAUCUAGCACAUUGCAGGAAAAAAAAAAAGUCUUAAGAAUUUUCUAGUUUCCAGGUCGUCAUUUUAUAUAUUUUUUGAACUUAAUCAAACUUGUAGAAUUUUUGAGUGGCUGAACUUAAAAAAAAAACAAUAUAUCAAAUAAUUUUCGCUUAUUAACUGCCAAAAUUGCAUUUUUAACCUUUUCGUACUAUACAGAUUAGGAGAAUCUAAUGGAAUAAUAGUUAAAUCAUUAAUUUGGAAAUACGCCGUGGCUAGUAUGCACUGUAUCUCGAGCUAUUUGUGUCCGAUUUAGGGAACAGAUCUCAUUUCCCAUAACGCCAUAACAUCCGCUAGUGUUUUGAGACUUGGGAUGCCUACCAUGUUUGUGCUGUCCUUGUGUUUUCAGAAUACCCGUUUUAAUUUAAUCACUGUGUUCGUCAUGCAUUGCUGUUUUAUUAGUUUAUGAUUGCACAAGAGGAUACAAACCACAAUUUAUAUUAUAAAUAGAGACAAGAUUUCAUAG